GGAUUCAGAGGAGAGACAGAGAAAGGGAGCGAAGAAAUAGGAGAAACAAAAAGCACUCGACAAUCGUCUCAUCUUAUAUACAAUCAGCAAAUUAUAUAAACAUUGCCUCUAAUAAAGUGCACACUUUUCUUGCCUUCAAAACUCACUUAUUGUCCAAAUUUGGAUCCAUUUGAUUGAAAUUCAUUAUUCAAAAACUUCUGUAACAAUGAUUGCGAGUAUGCAAUUGAAUCGUAUUACUCUAAUCACUGCUUUUAUACUACUUAUAAAUCAACAAAUUUUAUUCUGUGUUGCUCAACAAACCGAUGUGAAAACAGCCGAACAAUCGGUGACAACAAAACUAUUGCAUACAUCACCGCAAUUGGCGGCCAAUGGCUUUUCGGACGCCCUGUCCCACACUAGAGACGGUCCGCCGGAGUUGUCAAAAGCCACUCCAAUCGCGUGCUAUGAAUGCAAUUCCUUCGUAGACCCCGAUUGUGCCGAUAAGCCGCAGAACUUCGUCAAGAACUGCACCAAUUCGUGGGAGGGCUCGGCUAUCAUCGGCUGCAGAAAAAUAGACCAAUGGGUCGACUAUGACGGCGGCGAAGGUCUCCAUAAACACCACCGAGUGAUCCGACAGUGCGCUGCCGACGGAGACAUAUCUAAGCCGUGCUAUUAUAGGGCAGGAUUUGGGGGUCGGAUCAACGCCUGCUUCUGUGAU